UAUAAAACUUUUUGAUGACUUUAUAUUUAAAUUUAUUCUGAACUUGAUAUCACGACACCUAAAAAACCCGCAAGGGAACAAGCGAAAUUGUUGUGAUGUUUAAACAAGGAAUUUGUUUUGUUUUCAUUAUUUUCUUCUUUGCGGUAUACUACAGUGAUGCUCAGCCGCUUGCUAUCACGAGUCUACCGACCGCCUAUGAUCUCCCAGAAGACACCAUAGCGGAGACCCUUAUACACACAGUGGUGUAUUCCGGGGUCACCGCGGGGGACACCGUGACCUGUAGCAUGAACACCGUGGCCAACUUCUUCAUGAAAAUAGUGUCCGGCUCAACAAAUUAUGGCGUGUAUGUAAACGCCAAUCCAACGGGCCUGACUUAUCCCAACAGCUUCGAUGUAACGGUCACGUGUACUGGAGCGCCCUCUGGUAGCACCGUCUCUCAGAUUCUACAGGUCCACAUCACCAAAAACACUCCACCGACCAUCAACAAUGUCCCUGCAAGCAUAAGUGUCGAUAGCACCACCACCGGAAGUGGCGUCACCAUAUUUACCAUAAGUGCUUCCGACACUGAAGGGGAUCAAUUGUACUUUGAGAUAAUUUGCGACCCAACUGGAUGUCCAUUUGAGGUUUUUGCCUCGGGGGCUAUCUUAACGACGGCCUCUCUAGAAGGAACGACCGUCGGCGGAUAUGACAUCAAUGUUUACGUCAAUGACAGUAGGACGAAGGUUGGCCCCAAAGUUCUCUCCGUCACUAUUACUAAUGUGAACUCAGCCCCAACGAUCACCAACAAACUAACCACGCCGGUGUCAGUGUCUGAGAAUGUUGCUGUGGGCACCACCGUCAGACAGUACACCGCCACUGACGUCAACGGUGGCACACUAACCUACUCCGCCACUUACAACCCCACCUCAGGGGGAACCUACUUCAGCAUUGUGUCAACGUCCGGUGUUGUACAAACUGCGAGCUCUAUCAACUAUGAGACGCUGACUGUGGCGGAGCGGACUGUGUUGAUAACUGUCACUGUCAGAGACACGGGCGCUCUGUCAGACACAACAACACUCACUGUCAGUAUCAUCGACCAAAACGAGGCUCCUGCGUUUCCAAAAACCACCUACACAUUAGUUACGGACGAAGCAGGGGCGGGAGCUUCCAUCGGGAAUCCGAAUUUUCAGGCUACCGAUCCCGACGCUUCUUCUACGAUAACGUACAGCACGACCUGUACAGAGGUGACAAUCGACUCUUCAACCGGAGCCGCCAGUUUUACUUCGGCCUACGACAUGGACGUGGCAGGAACAACUGGGUCAAUCACGUGUCCAAUCACUGUCAGUGACGGGGCUCUAACUGACACAGCUACACUGACAGUUACUGUCAACAACAUCAAUGACAACACACCGACGUUUGGUCAGGCGUCUUACACCUUCACAACGGCCAAUACAGCAGCCGUUGGAACGACGCUGGGGUCUGUAGCCGCAACGGACGGAGAUCUAAGCACAUCUUCCUUUGGUACAAUAACAUACGAACUUAAUCAACUAACUCUUGGGGGAGACUACUUUGGAAUUACAACGACCGGUAACUUGUACGUCAAAGCGGCAAUUACAUCGCUCUCCCUGGGCGCCACCUACACCAUGACGGCGACGGCACGUGACGGCGGGCUUCUGUCUGACACUGCGGACAUUACCAUCAUCAUACCGUCUACCACCACCACCACCGCCGCCACCACAACAGAUAGAUCAAAGACGUUCUUCGAGGACCCGCGGAAUAUUGCGUGGUUCACGGCAGCCAUGGUUGUCCUUGCUUUAACGAUUGGGCUCAUUCUUUAUAUGUGUAUACGAUACGGAUUCCAUUUCAAAAAGUAUCAGAAAACGUACAGAUCUCGUCGAGUAGACCAGGACCGGGAAAGAUUAGGCGAAUUUGUGGAGGGAAAAUGGAAACCUUGGAAAGUGUGGGAUAAGCCGCGCUGAUAAUGGACACCGAAGAUCAGAUUAACUGUUCUUUUAAAACAAAUAUUACCGUACUAGAUUCUUGAAAUAUUUAACUGGCUUUUGAACAAAUUUGGAUAUAUUUUAUACAUAGUCUAUUUUGCGAUUAAACAGCCAUUGUUUUCAAAAGGGAUGUAGAGUUCAUGUUAAUGAUGCUAUUUGGAUGUCAUUAUUUUCCUUAAUCAAACCAAAAGAACAGUGAAGUGUUUUAGUUAAAUGAAUUGUUAUUGCUGAAAAAUGAAAUUGAUAUUUAUUGUGCAAACAUGUCAACGAUGAUUUGUGAAAUGAACUGACAAUGUGUCUAGAGGAUUGCAUAAUUAUA